ACUCCAUCAGCUUCUUGGUUGACAGACACUUCCCUCGUCACACACAGUCCAUCAAGUCCAUGGCGAUGAGGAGGAACAAGGUUCACGAGUUCGAGGCCGAUGUGCCCGCCGCCGAGCUAUGGGGGCUCUACGGCACGCUCCGUGCGGCCGAGCUGCUGCCAGAGCUUCUCCCACAGGUGCUCGCCAAGAUACAGCUCGUGAGCGGCGACGGCGACGUCGGCACCAUCUUGGAGCUCACAUUUGCUCCAGGGAUCCCUGGCCUGGAGACAUACAGGGAGAAAUUCAUCAAGGUUGACAAUGAGAACUACAUCAAGGAGGCGCAGACGAUCGACGGAGACAUCCUGAAGCUCGGGUUCCUCUAUUACAUGGUCAGGUUCGAGAUCAUCGCCAAAGGACCCAGUUCUUCAGUGAUAAGAUCGACCAUUGUGUAUGAGAUAAAUGAGGAAACUCACCCCGGGCUUGAAGCUAUGGUCAGCACCGGACCUCUGGCUGCAACUGCUGAGAAAUUUGCAGGGUACCUCAAGGAGCAGAAGAUCCCUCAGAGCAGUUAAUUCUUGCAACAGCUCAGAGCAAAAGUGUACCAAUGCUUUGAGAGAAAUAAUGUCUGAUUCCACGUUGUGUGUUUUCCCUGAAAAAUAAAUGACCAAUGAUCAAACAUAUUAGGAUAGUAUGUUUGAUCAUAUGAAUAUCACAUACUCCCACCGUAAACUAAUAUAAGAGCGCUUAGAUUACUAUUUUAGUGAUCUAAACACUCUUAUAUUAGUUUACAGAGGGAGUAGUUGAUAUAUAGAUAUUUCGCGGUCCAUGUACCUUAACUUUAUUAGUUUCAUGAAAAUGAAGUUGGGAGCCUUGAUGCUCCUUUUCUCGAAGAAAUGUACCUUAACUUGUUUUGGUUAAUGAAGGUUUGAUUAAAAAAGUACCACGGAUUU